UGCCUACUGAAGGUCCAAUCAAAAUCGAUCCAGCGCUCCUCGAGAUGCUGAUGCAAGCGGAGACAUCAACAACCAGCGAGCAUGGUGAACAGGAUCCUCAUUCAACAUCACAAAAUAAAGAUGAAUUGAUAGUAGUUCCGAGUAAUAGCACUCACGACAAAAAAACAUUUACUAAACUGGCCUUUGAACCACAACCGAAAUACUAUUUGGAAGCUCGGGUUAUCCACAAGAGAAAGCUCUCACGAAAGCUAUUUUUCUUGGAUGUAUCAUUAGUACGUCGUAAAGAAAAGACUGUAGACCUGAAUGGAAAUAAGAAAGAAGGCCAAGAGAAUGACGAUCCGAUCAUAGAUAUCAUGGCCAACGAACCAGAGCAGUCUCCAACGUCAAGAAAAUUAGAUAUUGUAGCAGGUGAAACGACAGCAUCAAGUGAUUCGAAAACAGAUGGAUUCGCCCUGAGCGAAUGGGAGGAUAUUGAAGUUGUGGAUCAUUAUCGCAGCGACAGCAAAGGCCGUAUCAGAAUGGAAGUGAUUGCACGCUUUCCUGUCCACUCGUUGAAAGGACUGGACGAUUUAUGGCGUAGAGUUCAGUUAGGAUCAGUUGUCAGAGUCAUUGGUGAUAUUGAGCUUUCAGGAAGACAUCACAAUAAUAUGAAUGAUAGUACUCAUGCACAAGACAGUCGGGAGGCGCACGAUGGAUGGAAAAAGAAGUGGUCUGCAAUUUUACAUUGCUUAGAAUUUGAGGUAUUAGAGCUUUGGCAAGGCAGCAUGUCAUUCGAGCCGAUCUCUGGUUCACCGCCCUCAUCGUCAUCUAAUGUUAAAGACAGUGGUCACCGUGAAAAUAGCAGUAGUUCAAGUGCUUUAGAACAAGAAGGACGGAAGCGAAAGGGGGAUGAAUUAUUGAGAGAGCGAGAUAUGAAGGCAUCUCGGCCCAAAGGUGCAGCUGGAGAGACAGUGGAAAAACAGCAACAAAGGGGUGAUGAAUCACAGCCACAUUGUAAAUUCUGGCUCAAUUCUGGCAAAUGCAAUAAGGAACAGUGCUUAUUCUGGCAUGAGACCAAUCCAGUGAAACUCAAAGCUGAGCGACGGAGAUGGGUUGAAGAGCGCAUCCAAGCUAAACGUCAGAUCUCGCAUCAUAUCUCUGAUCCGCAUCAAAAAACAACCAAAAACCAACAUCGCGAAAGAGCGUUGUAUUUUGCUCACUGGCUCAUCAAGACUUUUUCUCGUGAAUUUUUGAACUCUGGAACUGGUGUACUGGACAUUGCUGGAGGCAGAGGCGAUUUAUCCUGGGAACUCCAAACGAGACAAGGCAUCAAGUCCACUAUCGUUGAGCCUCGACGAGGGAAAGGAAUGCGCAAAUGGCAGCGCAAGUGGUUGGAAAAUUUUAAGGCAAAUAGCAUACCGUCUAUGUCGCCAACAUCACCAUUACAACAACAGCAACAGCAACAUAUCACAGGAGCUGAAUCAACGGUAACAGAGAAAGAUGUGUCAGGUUCUAAGGUAGUUAGGACCAAGAAAGAAAUACUUGAAGACGAAAACAACGAUGCGGACGAGAAGGAGCCAGACGGCGGGAAAGCCCUAGAGAACUUAGGUGACUUCAUUCCUACCACAUUAGUAUAUCCUCCUCUUCAGUUGACAGAGCCUUCACGGAUUCAAGCGAUGUUAAACGACGAAUUCCUGGAGACUCACCAGCAGCUGGUCACGGAAGCCUCCAUCAUGAUUGGCCUCCAUCCUGAUCAGGCAACAGAGCCGAUCGUAAGAGUAGCGCUCAAGCUUGGUAAACCUUUUGCGGUUAUCCCUUGUUGUGUCUUUGGACGUGAUAAUCCUCAUCGUCGGCUACCCGAGCCUCCAAUAGAUGCAGAUACGCCUUCUCUUCGCACUGAGCGGACAAAGAAUGAAGACGAAGGCCAAAGUGAUACCUACAGACGUUUGACCCGCCCAGUGACAUCUUAUGAUGAUUUUGUAGCUUGGCUAUCGAUGCUCCAUCCUAAUAUCGAAACGACAUGGUUAAAUUUUGAAGGUAUGAACCGCGUUCUUUUUUGGCGUGGCCCUUCUCAAUCUUUGUCAUCGAUAGUCAAAUCAGCAUAAAGCUUUAACAAAGAUGUACUGAAAAGCAAC